AUGUCCCAUCAUCUCUUUCUUCUUUCACCUACCGAUACCCCACUGUAUUCGCUAACUCAUAUAUCAACCAAACCUUCCGCUCCCAUAUCUACCGGAUUAAGCUCGAACCUUCCGAGUUGGUCAACGAGCGCAUUUGCUGCUACUGCUGCUGCUCUGUCAGGAGCAUCUUCUAGUGCUGGUGAACGCUCGGUUAAUACGAAUGCUGGUGCUACACGUGUUAUGGGCGGUGGGGUAGACCGUCAGGUAAUAAUGAUGAUCGCGAAUGCGAGUCUUGAUGUUAUUGAGGAUGUAAUGAAGGUCAAUGGGGCUAUGUACUUGAAGGGAGUUGACAAAUUUAAUGAAUGGACUGUUUCAGCAUUUAUCACCCCAGGCAAUAUGAAGUUUAUUCUUCUUCACGAUGGAAAGAACGAGGAAUCAGGGGGGAUAAGGAACUUUUUCAUGGAUAUUUGGGAGCUUUAUGUUAAGACUGUAAUGAAUCCAUUUCAUACCGCGCAUACUUCCAUCAAAAGCCCAGUGUUCGACGCGCGAGUACGGGCUAGCGCGAAGAAACAUUUGUAG